CCGCGCGGAGAAGCCCAACCCGCUGCAGGGCGCCAACCUCUGCUCGCGGCUCUUCUUCUGGUGGCUGAAUCCUUUAUUUAUUAUUGGUCAUAAACGGAAGCUUGAAGAAGAUGAUAUGUACAAAGUGCUGCCUGAAGAUUCAUCAGAAAGGCUUGGAGAGGAGUUGCAAUGGUACUGGGAAAAGGAGGUCCAAAAAGCAAAAAAAGCAGCAAGAACACCACAUUUAACCAAAGCAAUUAUACUGUGUUAUUGGAAAUCCUAUCUAGUCUUUGGGCUCUUCACGUUAAUUGAGGAGACCCUCAAGAUAAUACAGCCAAUAUUUUUGGGAAAAAUUAUUAAUUAUUUUGAAAAUUUUGAUCCCCUUGACACUGUUGCUUUGAAUUUUGCCUAUGGCUAUACAGCUGCUUUGUCUGUGUGUACACUAAUUCUAGCUAUAAUGCACCACUUGUACUUUUAUCAUGUGCAACGGGCUGGCAUGAAGUUGAGAGUAGCUAUGUGCCAUAUGAUUUAUCGGAAGGCACUUCGUCUCAGUAACUCAGCUAUGGCAAAAACUACCACUGGCCAAAUAGUAAAUCUUCUAUCAAAUGAUGUGAACAAAUUUGACCAAGUAACAAUUUUCUUACACUUUUUAUGGGCGGGACCACUUCAAGCCAUAGCAGUAACCGUUCUUCUCUGGAUUGAAAUAGGGCCAUCGUGCCUUGCAGGAAUGGCUAUUCUGAUUAUUCUUCUUCCUUUGCAAACCUGUAUUGGGAGGUUGUUUUCUUCAUUCAGGAGCAGAACGGCAGCCUUUACAGAUGUCAGGAUAAGGACCAUGAAUGAAGUCAUAACUGGUAUAAAGAUAAUAAAGAUGUAUGCCUGGGAAAAAGCAUUUGCAGAUCUUGUGAACACUAUAAGAAGGAAGGAAAUUUCCAUGGUUCUUAAAAGCUCCUACCUUCGAGGACUGAACUUGGCAUCUUUCUUUGUUGCAAGCAAAAUAACAGUUUUUAUGACUUUCAUGACAUAUGUUCUACUUGGCAAUGUUAUCUCUGCAAGUCGGGUGUUUGUUGCGGUGUCACUGUAUGGUGCAGUAAGACUGACAGUAACUCUCUUCUUCCCUGCGGCUAUUGAGAGAGCAUCUGAAGCAGUGGUUAGCAUACGGCGAAUCAAGAACUUUCUGGUCCUUGAUGAGAUUUCAACUUUAAGGUCACAGCUGCAGAGUAACAAUGAGAGUAUUUUGCUUCAUGUUCAAGACUUGACUUGUUAUUGGGAUAAGAGCGUGGGAGUCCCAACACUUGCACAGCUUUCAUUUACUGUCAGACCAGGAGAAUUAUUGGCUGUGAUUGGCCCUGUAGGAGCUGGGAAAUCUUCUCUACUAAGUGCUGUACUUGGUGAAGUGCCAAAAGAUGAAGGUUUAAUAAAUGUUAGAGGAAGAACUGCCUAUGUUUCUCAGCAGCCCUGGGUUUUUUCUGGCACAGUGAGGAGUAACAUUCUAUUUGACAAAGAAUAUGUAAAAGAAAAAUAUGAAAAAGUUUUAAAAGUUUGUGCUCUCAAAAAAGACAUGGAAUUACUAGAAGAUGGGGACCUAACUAUUAUAGGGGAUCGUGGAGCUACACUGAGUGGGGGCCAGAAGGCCCGUGUAAAUCUUGCCAGAGCAGUGUAUCAAGAUGCAGACAUUUACCUCCUGGAUGAUCCACUGAGUGCAGUAGAUGCAGAAGUUGGCAGGCACUUGUUUGAAAAGUGUAUUUGUCAAGCCUUGCACCAAAAGCUCCGUGUUUUAGUGACUCAUCAGUUGCAAUACCUCCAUGCUGUAAACCAGAUUCUAAUCCUAAAAGAUGGUAGAAUGGUGGGGAAAGGGACCUAUUCCGAGUUUGUGAAAUCUGGAAUCGACUUUGCUUCCCUUUUGAAAAAAAAUGGUGAAGAUGAGCAGUUGGCAGUCCCAGGGACCCCCAAAUUGAAGUCAUCAAGGAAUCGUGCUUUUUCUCAGUCCUCAGUCUGGUCAGAGGAUUCCUCUGUGCAGUCGCAGAAAGAUGGAGCAGUAGAACAGUUGUGUACUGAACCUGUGCUGACUGCAGUGCCAGAAGAGAGCCGGUUGGAGGGAAAAAUAAACUUUAAAACUUACAGGAAAUACUUUUCUGCUGGCGCAAACUAUUUUAUCAUUUUUAUACUACUGUUUUUAAAUGUUUUGGCACAGGUUGCUUAUGUGCUCCAGGACUGGUGGCUUUCCUACUGGUCAAAUCAGCAAAAAAAUCUGAAUGUCACAACAAAUGGAAAUGGAGGAGUAAAUGAGACUACGCAUCUAGAUCUAACCUUGUAUUUAGGCAUUUAUGCAGGUUUAACAGUGGUUACAAUACUGUUUGGCAUAAUAAGAAGUCUUUUGGUAUUUCAAGUUCUCGUUAAUGCUGGCCAGAUUUUGCACAACAAAAUGUUUCAGUCAAUUUUGGAAGCUCCAGUGUUGUUUUUCGACAGGAACCCUAUUGGGAGAAUCCUAAACCGUUUCUCUAAAGAUAUUGGCCAUCUGGAUGAUUUGCUUCCGUUAACAUUUUUGGACUUCAUGCAGACUCUCCUACAGAUUUUUGGUGUGGUGGGUGUGGCAGUGGCAGUGAUUCCUUGGAUACUCAUCCCUUUAGUUCCACUUUUUAUUCUUUUCAUUUUUCUCCGACGGUAUUUCUUAGCCACAUCGAGAGAUAUUAAACGCCUGGAAUCCACAACUCGAAGUCCAGUAUUUUCCCACCUGUCAUCCUCUCUCCAGGGACUUUGGACUAUUCGGGCUUUGAAGGCAGAGCAAAGGUUUCAAAAAUUAUUUGAUGCUCACCAAGACCUUCACUCAGAGGCUUGGUUUCUAUUUUUGACAACCUCACGAUGGUUUGCUGUGCGUUUGGAUGCCAUCUGUGCCAUCUUUGUUAUAGUGGUUGCCUUCGGUUCCCUGCUUCUUGCAAAGACUCUGGAUGCAGGACAAGUUGGCUUGGCAUUGUCCUAUGCAAUCACUCUCAUGGGAAUGUUCCAGUGGGGUGUUAGACAAAGUGCUGAAGUUGAAAAUCUGAUGAUAUCAGUAGAAAGAGUAAUGGAAUACACAGAUCUUGAAAAAGAAGCUUCUUGGGAGUCCAGUAGGCGCCCACCACCCGACUGGCCAGCUCAGGGGAUGAUUGCAUUUGAAAAUGUUAACUUCACUUACAGCUUAGACGGACCUUUGGUGUUAAGGCACUUUUCUGCCUUAAUAAGAUCAAAAGAGAAGGUUGGAAUAGUGGGAAGAACAGGAGCUGGAAAGAGCUCUUUGAUAGCCGCCCUCUUUCGGCUGGCUGAGCCUGAAGGAAGAAUUUGGAUUGAUAAGUACCUGACAACAGAACUGGGACUCCAUGACUUGCGGAAGAAAAUUUCAAUUAUACCUCAGGAGCCUGUUUUGUUCACGGGAACUAUGAGGAGAAACCUGGACCCUUUCAGUGAAUACACUGAUGCAGAACUGUGGAAUGUCUUGGAAGAGGUGCAACUGAAGGAGACUGUGGAAGAUCUACCUGAUAAAAUGGAGACACAAUUAGCAGAAUCUGGAUCUAAUUUCAGUGUUGGUCAGAGACAACUGGUGUGCCUUGCCAGGGCAAUUCUCAAAAAAAAUCAAAUACUAAUUAUUGAUGAAGCAACAGCAAAUGUAGACCCAAGAACAGAUGAGUUGAUUCAAAAGACAAUUCGUGAAAAAUUUGCACAGUGCACUGUGCUGACAAUUGCACACAGGCUGAACACAAUUAUUGACAGUGACAAGAUUAUGGUUUUGGAUGCAGGAAGACUGAAAGAAUACGAUGAGCCAUACAUUCUGUUACAAGAGAGAGAGAGCCUGUUUUACAAGAUGGUGCAACAAGUGGGCAAGGCAGAAGCUGCUGCUCUGUUUGAAACAGCAGAACGGGUCUACUUCAGCAAGAAUUACCCAGAAGUGAUUCAAAAUGGUCAAGUUGUUGCGGACUCUUCACCAGAUUCCUCCUCAGGAUUCAUCAUUUCUGAGACUGCACUGUGAUCCCAAUUAAACACAGUUAUUUUCUAUACAUUUGCAAUCCUGAAAUUAUAAAUCUGAAACAAGUAAACCCUAGGUGACUGGUGCUUAAAGGAGGGUGGUUUCUUGCACUGGACAUCUAUACCGUUUAUUAGUGAGAAAAUAUAUCAUGUCCUGGUUAUGUUAAUUUCAGUGCAAUAAUUUUCUUUUUUUAUUAUUUCUGUUUCUAAAGGAGUUACAGACACAGAUCCUCUUUGAAAGCUAAUCUAGAGACUUUUCUUAUUAAAAGAGGUGCAGGACACUUAACAAAACUAGGAUGCUUUUUGGAGGUUUUUAAGAAACUGGAGUUCCCUUAUGUCUUUUGGAAACAUGCAAAAACAUUGUUGAGUUUGCAUUAAAAUGUUAACUUUGCUACAGCAAUUUUGAUAAUCUAUAACUCAGUUGUCUAAGGCAGCAUUUUAUAUAUACAUAUAUAUUCUUACUUCAUAUUUUUACACAGCUUUGUGAAUAGGCAAAAACAAGAACUGAAAAAGCCAAAAGUACAUUUAAUAGAGGAAAUAAAUAUCCAUGUAUUGGCAUGUUAAAUUAUUUUUUAAUUAAAUGUAGCAAUGUGCAUUCAUUGUCCAAAAAUGAAUGUAAAAAUUGCCAUUUUUCUUUCCUAAGAUCAAAAUGCAAAAGAAGCAAUGUUAACUUACUGAAUUAUAAUGAAAAUGGUCACAUUUUGCGUAUUUGCACUACACAAAUAUUGAAAUAAUUAACUUGCAUUCCACUUUAUCCAGGUAAUCAAAGAAAAAAGUAUUAAAAUAACUUGAAACAUCUGAAAUACUAGUCAUAAGCAAAUAUUUUGUAAUAGAAAGUUAUCUUCAGCACAGCACAUUGAAAUGUAUACAUUAUUUACAUUUAUUGUGCCUUAAUAUUUGUGCCUUCAAGCCAAAGCUCUAACUGCAGUUAAUGCAGCAAAUUGAUUCAAUAUACUUUUUAAUGUUUAAAAUUAGUAUAUUUAAUUAUCUUGUAUCAGGGAUUAUACCUGUUUAAUUGAAGCUCUUGAAAUUGUCAUUUUGGUGCACAUGCAUAGAAGGGUAAAAACAGCUAGAAUUGUUGAAUGGCCCCUGCUAAUGUUUAAGAAGAAUUUAAUGGGAGAUCUGUUAUGCCCUGAUUCAUCAAGUUAUUUUAACACAUAGCACUAUUUGCACGACUAAUAAAAAUAAGUAAGUGAAUUAUGUUCUUUGCAUUUCAGAAAGAUGCCUACAAUUUGAUAUUCAGUGCAGUCUAAGCCUAUUUGUCUUAUAGUUAGAGUGCACCUAUAUACGAGCAUUGAGGCUGCUCAAACGAGCUUUAGUUCAAGUACCCCCACUGCCAUUUUAAAGUUUAGGGAUGUUGAUCUACAAGAUGUGGUGGCACUUGAAUUAGAGCGGCUCUUGGAGCGGUUCUAAUUAAAGCGCUGGCUCCCCCACCCCUAGAGCACUUAUAAAAGUGCCGUUAAAGGGCAUUUACUGCUAGUAAAGUGUAGAGAUGGAAAAACACAAAUCACACUGAAAAUAUUGUUGGGGGGAAAAGGUGUUUUUUAAAAUGCUGCAAAAAAUUGAUAUUGCACUGUGUUGUACAUGCUGUUUUCCUAUGGGUCCCUUUGGCAAGCAUCCCAAGGACACUGGCAUAAAGCAAAGCAAUCCAUUUCUGCUACAUUUGGUUCCAAUUUGUCCAUCCACCUAGUUGUGGUAUUAUGGUUCCUUGUAAUGUUUUUUUAAGUUAGCCAGAGGUCCCAAAAUGAAUAAAAAUAAGGCAAACACAUGCCUAUCUCAUUUCAAACCUUUCUACCAGGGAUUAUCUAUUGAAAAUACAAAACUACUCUCUGUAAUAAAUUCAAAGCAGACCCCACACCACAGAAGCAAGGCUGAUUUGGAAGAGCUUUGUCCCGUAGACACCUAACAAAGUUUGUCCUAUCCAACACUGGCAAAGUUAAGGGACAGAAUCUUCAUUCCUUUCCUGCAGUAGUUUUCUAUAUAACAGGGCUUGCUGCACUGCUGUAGGAAAAGGAGAGAAAAGAGCAAAUAGCCAACAGGGUAUACUCCUGUAUACUACAUAUGUUUAAAGCAGAAAGCCACUCCUGAAGAACUGUGCUUUGUGACAUGCAAAAGGUGCAGCACUCCCUCUGUAGGGUUUUCUGUGGCUUGGGACAUUUGCCUAAACUAAAGCACUACAUUUCUGCUACUUUUGAUUCCAAUUUGUCCAUCUGCCCUGGUUGUGGUAUUAUGGUUUCUUGUAAUGUUUCACAGUUAACAACAAGUUCCAAAAUGAAACUCCAUCCUUUUAAUGAAUAGCACUUCCCUCCAUAGUAAUUAUCAUUGAAGUCAGUGGGGCUACAUUUUAUAUGAUGCUAGUCCUAAUAUGAGGGUCUCAUGUUCUGGUCUGUAAGUUUGGCUGGAGUCUAGUCUUACCUAACCUUGUUGUGCAGUCAUGUAAUUGUAUCACAAUCAUGUAAUUUCCAUGUAGUUACUUCGGGACUUACAACAUAGCAAGUUUUAAAUGGCUGAGAGGUCACAUCUGCACAGAAAACUUACUGCUCCAAGCAGUGGUGUAUUCAAAUAUGAGCUGACUCCUGAACUGAGAAAGUGUAGCCCUGUUUCCACCAUGCUGUGAGGAGGCUCGUUAGCAUAGCAGCAUCAUGCAGCCGUGCUGUUUAGCUUUUCUUCAAUGCCGUGUGAAUAUAGCCACAAUUCUGCUGGUUCAAGCAGCAGCCCAUAUGGAGCACGUUUGAAAGCUCUGCUGCUUGGCAUGGUAAGUUUGCUUUGCCUUGACAGUGCUCAUGAGACAAAGGUGCAAUUACACUGCUUCUGAUUCAGGAAACAGCCCUUUCAGAGCAACACAGUGUGUUUUAAGGGUGCCACUGCCAGGUCUAUUAAGCUGGCAGUCUAGACCUGGCUGAAGAAAAGUGUUGUGCUUGCUCUGUGUUGUAUGUUGUAAAUUUUUGUAAAUGAAAUAAGCAAGUGCCGACUUUUUGGCCACAAUUUGCAUCACUUUCAAGGAGAAUUAUGUGUAUGGAUCAAGGAUAUAAGGUGGUGCUAGGUAACUUCAGCUAAAAAUACAUCUGUGGCAAUAACACUUGAGUAGAACCAGAAGUUUUUGCCUUCCUCAGGCUUUCUGGGUUGAAAACUAGAGAAAUCCUAAUAUAUCAGGCAAUGAACUAGCAUAGUCUACUUAGCAGAAUUAACUUGAUAUUGUAGUUUUUUGAAUGUACACAAAACGUUAGGCAUCUUUGAGAGUGCUGAUUUUUCUGCUUAACAUGUUUUGAUGGGACAAGGCUGACUAUAUAUAUGAAAUCUCAAUGUAACACCAACUGAAAAACAAUGUAACCUGUUAAAAAGCACAAUUGGUACUAGUAUUUUCAUAGUCUGGUAACCUCUUGCAAUAUGUUACAUCUAUACUUCACUCUUUCUUUACAAAAAGAUAAGCUACGUGGUUGUAAGUUAGAUUUCACCAAGAAAUUGUUAUUCAGUUUGUUUCUUAAUGACUGCUGCAGUUAUAUUUAAAUGAUUAUUGAUGGUAACAGUGGUUGAUCCAUAUAUCUUCAGGCAAGCAAAAUAUUAGUUAUUGCACUGCACUAUUAACAGCGUAUUUAAACCUGGUAGUUAUUUAAGAUGUAGGAUGGACUUUGUCUUUCAUUCAGUGAGCCUCUUGAUUGCUUAAUGUAUGAAAUCUCUCCCCAGGCCAGCCUUUUUCAUUUCCUCUUCAGGUAGAAUUCACCACGGUAUCCACAUUUGAAAAUGCAUUUAAUUUAUUUGCAGCAACAAAACUGCACAAAAUUUACAUGCCUAAACAGGGAUUUCAUGGGAAUGAACUCAGUCAUGUAAGUUAGUAAAGGCUUUAGCAUAUUUCUUCACCAACAAUUCCCUUAAAAUUCACUAGAGUCUUCAUUCGAAUAUAUUACUGGAAGUAACUGGUCUUUUUUAAGAGAAGAGACAUCAAAACAGACAUUACAAGGUCAGAUUUUUGUAUUAUAUUAUAAUAAUAUGCUGCAAAUCACCACUAUAUAACUCUUUUUCGUCACUGUUGAGUGUAAGAGACUGGGAAGUGCCCCCAUUUAUGCUUUAAAAAAUUGUACUUCAGAUGAAAUACCUGUUCAUUUUUGUUAUAACUUAGAUCUUUGUGUAAAAGAGAGAAAAAUUCUAUACAAAUACACAGUCUUCUUUAAAACAGUGUUUUUCUCUGGCCCGGUAAGUCUAUAAGCGAAGUUCUGUCAAAUCCAUUCCUUUUGAAGAUACCAAGUCACUCUUCAGAUGUAGGCUGAAGUACUGCCACUAACAUUGUUCCCCAUCCUUAGAAGAGACAGGUGCUUGAUCUGGCCAAAAUCAGUUAUUCUGGUUAUCUGAGUGAUGUUGACUGGUUCUAACAACUUUCCCAGUCUGUGCUUAAAACGGUAGUAAUAUUAUUAUGCUUGUGGGUAAUCAUAGGCUGGAAAUAGAGGAGCCAAGUAAGGUACAAACCUCCCUGCCAGUCUUGCUCUUCACAUCACCCUGUCUCUCUCCCCAACAAGAACCUGACUUUGUGAUUUCUGUUUUGCUGUCUCUUCUCUUAAAAAAGUCCAGUUACUUCCAGUAAUAAUGAUGAUGUGCUUCUGACAUCAUAGCAGAAGAAUGGAGUUUUACAUACACUUUAGUAUCUGUAAUGUAACACUUUUUGACCAUUUAAACUCUGUUUUCUGUGGUGAACAUUUUUGUGUAAUGACUUCCUUACGAUGUUGUCAUGGAAGGUUUUUUAGUUGGUUAUUUACAAUGAAGCUCUUACACAAUAAAAUAUGAUUAUAAAAUCCUC